GGUGGACAAAAGGAUAAAAGAGUCCACAAGUAGAAGAGAAGAAGAAAGUGUGUGAUAGCCAGGCAGUAGAGUAGGUGCCGCUCUCUCUCUCUCUCUCUGCUUUGCUUCGAUAUUGGGGUCUCUGGUGUGUCUUUUGAGCAACUCAAAAGCCAAGCCAAAUAAUUUGCCAGCUAAUUCUUCAUUUCCCAUAAACGCUCGUACCCAUCUUCACAAUCAGGAAUUUGGUGGGCGGGCGAGCGAGCCCUCCUUGUACUCGCUCAAUUGGGUCACUUGUUCAAUUCGAUUUUGGCUGCUGCUGCAGCACCGAGUGGAAGAUCGAGCUGCAGGAUCUGAUAUUGAAUUAUUAAAUCGAUAAUGAAUCAACCAAAAAUCAAGCGUAGAGUGGGUAAAUAUGAGGUGGGAAGGACAAUUGGCGAGGGAACAUUUGCAAAAGUCAAGUUUGCUAGAAAUUCUGAGACUGGAGAACCUGUGGCUCUUAAGAUUCUUGACAAGGAGAAGGUUCUCAAACACAAAAUGGCUGAACAGAUCAAGCGGGAAAUAGCAACAAUGAAGCUGAUUAAGCAUCCAAAUGUUGUUCAGUUGUAUGAGGUCAUGGGGAGCAAGACGAAGAUAUUUAUAGUGAUGGAGUUUGUUACUGGGGGAGAGCUCUUUGAUAAAAUUGUAAACAAUGGUCGGAUGAGAGAGGAUGAAGCACGUAGAUAUUUCCAACAGCUUAUUAAUGCAGUUGAUUACUGCCAUAGCAGAGGUGUCUAUCACAGAGACCUGAAGCCAGAAAAUUUGCUAUUGGAUGCCUAUGGGAACCUUAAAGUUUCUGAUUUUGGAUUGAGCGCACUAUCUCAACAAGAUGAUGGCUUACUUCACACUACCUGUGGAACUCCAAAUUACGUUGCUCCUGAGGUCCUUAAUGAUAGAGGCUAUGAUGGAGCAACUGCGGACUUGUGGUCAUGUGGAGUGAUACUCUUUGUAUUACUUGCAGGUUACUUGCCGUUUGAUGAUUCCAAUCUUAUUAACCUCUAUAGAAAGAUCUCAGCAGGUGAAUUUACUUGUCCCCCUUGGCUGUCGUUUGGUGCCAUGAAACUAAUAGCUCGAAUUCUGGAUCCCAACCCUAUGACACGUAUCACUAUUUGUGAGAUUCUGGAAGAUGAAUGGUUCAAGAAAGAUUACAAGUCACUUAUGUUUGAGGAGAAAGAAGAUACAAACUUGGAUGAUGUAGAAGCUGUUUUCAAGGAUUCAGAAGAGCACCAUGUAACAGAGAAGAAGGAAGAACAACCAACAGCUAUGAAUGCUUUUGAGUUAAUUUCAAUGUCAAAGGGGCUGAACCUUGGGAAUUUGUUUGAUGUAGAACAGGGUUUUAAGAGAGAAACAAGAUUCACAUCUAGAUGCCCUGCAAACGAGAUAAUUCAUAAAAUUGAGGAAGCUGCAAAGCCCCUUGGUUUUGACGUACAGAAGAAAAAUUACAAGUUGAGGCUAGAAAACAUGAAAGCUGGGAGAAAGGGAAACCUUAAUGUUGCAACAGAGAUAUUUCAAGUUGCACCUUCUCUUCAUAUGGUUGAGGUGAGAAAAGCCAAAGGGGAUACGUUGGAGUUCCACAAGUUUUAUAAGAACCUCUCAACCUGCUUGGAGGACGUUGUUUGGAAGACUGAGGAGGACAUGCUAGAAUGAAAUAAAAUCAGUGUCUUAAUUGUAAUCAAUUUUGUCAUGAUGCUACAUCAAGGAUUGCUCUAUAUCUUCAUUCUUUUUUUUUUUCUUUUUUUCUUUUGGGUAGCUUCUUUUCUCUCCUGUAGAUUUACAGCGACAAAUCCUCAGUUGUUUUCCAUUGAAAUAUUGGAAAGCAUGAAAAUUCGAACCAUUGUGUAAAUGCUUGUUUUUACCAUUCAAUAGCACAUUUUCAGACAGGGAGAUGACUAUUGAUAGUUCUCUCACUUGUGGUUUU